AUGGCAACUUUCGAGGCAUUAUAUGGCAAACCUUGUAAAUCUCCAGUUUGUUGGACCGAGGUGGGAGAGACAGCUGCCUUGGGUCCCGACAUUGUUAUUGAAACCAUGGAGAAAAUUAAGUUGAUUCGACCGCGGUUGGUCAUGGCUCAGAGUAGGCAGAAAAGCUAUGUUGACAAGAGGAGGAGACCAUUGUCCUUUGAGGUAGGAGACCAUGUUUUUCUCAAGACCGCUCCACGUAAGGGAUUGAUACGUUUUUGGCCAAGUGGCAAGUUGUCUCCUAGGUUCAUUGGGCCAUUCGAGAUCUUGGAUUGCGUUGGUGAGGUUGCGUAUCGCUUGGCGUUACUGCCACAUUUGGAUAAGAUUCAUAAUGUCUUCCAUGUUUCUAUGUUGAGGAAGUAUGAGCCAGAUCCAUCACACAUUUUGAGAUGGGCUGACAUUGAGGUUGAUGAGAAUGCGACUUACGAGGAGGGGCCAGUACAGAUUCUCGACACUAAGGAGCAAGUGUUGAGGAACAAAACCAUUCCAUUGGUCAAGGUUUUAUGGAAGCAUCACGGAGUUGAGAAGUCUACUUGGGAACGGGAAGAGGAGGUUCGCUCCAAGUACCCAGAUUUGUUCGCGACUUAA